UAUGCUUGGUAAACCGCAUUAAAUACACGAUCACUUAUACGAGGAUUAGUUUGCAACGCGUGUACGUCACGAACUGUUAUUAACAUAAAUUUCUCACCUUUCCUCUUUACUAGCGUAUUCUCGACGAAGAGAGAAGAAUCAACAUUGUGGGAUUUGACGAUAUUUCUAGGAAAUCCUCGACAUUUUAAUUAAUCUCGCAUGAAAAGUCGCAUACGAAUUUGCAAAAGAUUAAGUUAUAAUAUAUCAUUACGCGCGCAAAGUAGUUCCUCGAACGAAUGACUGAUUGGUCCAACGGAAAUUGCCGAUUAUCCACGAAGAUCCUACGCAUGCGCGACACGUAUCUUCGUCUUCGGCUUUUCCCGUGUUCCCGAUUUCUAUUUCGAAUUAUUGUUACGCUAUUUGUUUUGCUCGAAUCUUUAUUUCACUAGCAUUUUCUUUCAUUUUUUUUCUUGGAAAUGAAUAUUAAACCGUCUUGGAGAAAUAUUUGAUAUAUCAUCAUUCUAACCUGAAUGUAUCAUCGUUAGGAAUUAUGGAAGAAAAAAGAUUCAUUAGGGAAUAUGUGAUAUCUGAACGUGCUCUAACAAAACUUGAAACAAUUAAAGAUGCGUUGAAGGAAGAUAUUUGCAAAGCUGAUAAUAGAUGGGCAGUGAUAGGAAAUAAGAAAAUAGAAAAUGUAGACACAGAUACAGACACAGAGGAAUCUAAUGCAUUGGAUAUUGAGGAAUCAGUAAAUAUUAUGAAUACCACGCAGAUACCCUCGACUCAAUUUUACUUUACUCAGGUUGGGGGAAAUAAUAUUAAAGAUAUGACAGAUAGAGAAGAUAUUGCUUUGCAAAUAUGUGAUAUUAUUGAAGUUUUGUAUGAGGGAUUAGAGCGCAAUAAUGGAAAGUUAGAAUUUGUUCAUUUAGAAAAUCUAACAAAUAAUGAUCUAAUAAAUGUUUUCAUAGAUUUAGGUGAAAAAUUAAGUAUUAAGGGUACUUACAAUUUAUGUUUAUCCACUAAAGACAUUAAUCUUGAAGAAGGAAUUAAAUAUAUGGGUCUUGUAUGUACUCAUGUGUUGUUACCAAAGAUAAUUAAACUUGAAGAAUCUUCAAGAUUAAUAACAUCUGGAAUUGAAGAAUGCGUUGAACAUUUUCCAGAUGAAGUUUUAAAAUUUAUUUUCAUACCUAUUUUAAACAUUGAUUUGAAAGAUGCGUCAAUUAUGAAUGUUAUUGUGAAUACUUUCCAACCUGCAAAAAGAUCUGUUCUUAUUUUAGAAUACGUGGAAAAUGCAAAGGAAUUAAAAGAAUGGCAUAUAUCUAUUUUAGAAACUUUAUUAUCUGUAAAAAUAGACCAAAAUAUAUAUGAUAAAUUAAUAAGAUUAUUAUUGGGAAAAGCAGUUUUUUUUUCUAGAAAUAUUAAAUUUAGCAAAUUACUUUUAUCUUUUUUAAAAGCAAAUAGAAUUACAUCAGAGGAACAGAAAGACUUACUGCAGGAAAUAAUCGAAGUUAAUGAAACUUUGUUUAAAAAACCUAUGGAAAAUAUUUUGAAAAAGAUGUAA